AUGCUCCAUGGGAAAGGUGUAAUACGGUCGCAGGACCGAGUGAUUAGACGAUCGAUGGUAGCGUGUAAUCGGUGCCGCAAUCGUAAGACACGUUGUGCUGGGAAUCCACCUCAACCUUGUGCCGCGUGCGUGGAUGUAGGCCAAAUUUGUGUGUAUUCAGAAGCCGAAAAGCGUGUCUCGAUUACAGAAAGCAGUUAUUAUCGACAUCUCCAAUCGCAAGCUCGAUCCCAAGUUGGAAAAAACAGCCAAUCAACUCCUUCAAGUCUUCCAUCCACAACUUCCACAGCUUCAACAACAACUCGCGAUUCAGAAGGCGAGCCACCCUUGGAACGUGACGACUGGUGGUAUAAAGGAACAGACAACCUAUUUUUGGAUAGAUCAGGCGAACACCACUUUGUGGGAGCAUCGUCAACUACUCAUUUAGCAAAGCGCCUCAACCCCGACUCGACGAACUUAGCAUGGGAUGUGCGCCCACUAUACGACGACGCCUCAUCAUUAAGACGACCAGUUGGGGAUUUUCUUCCUCAGUUACCACCGUUUGAGUUUGCAAAGAGACUCUUCUCGGUACAAUAUGCAUAUAUUGGCACGAUCUUUUCAUUAAUUCAGCCUGCACAAUUUGAAGAGCGAUUGGAUUAUGUCUACCACAAACCCCAUGACUUCUGCCAUCGAGAAUCAUGCUUGGUGUACUGCCAGGCACUUCUUGUCAUUGCUUUUGGAUUGAUGUACUCUGUGAACCAGUGGUCCGGGGACGAUGGACCGCCAGGAUUCAAAUACUUUAAAUAUGCCUUGCGCUUCUUACCUGAUAUCCACGAGGAAGGCUCAAUAUUUUUUGUGGAAGUGCUUUGCUACGUUGCAUACUACAUGCAGAACCUGAACCGUCGCGAUGCGGCGUUUCUUUAUAUUGGACUUGCUUUACGGAUGGCGAUAUCUCUUGGUCUUCAUCAAGAGGUAUCUGACCGGGAUAUCAGCGAGGCAGACCGAAAUCGCAGAAGACGGGCUUGGUGGUCUGUCUAUAGUCUGGAUAGGUUACUAUCGGUCAAAUCGGGGAAUCCGAUCACUAUCCAAGAUGAGGAUAUAGAUAUUAUGUGGCCGUCUACUUCAGAUGGAUCAACCGCUGAGCAAUGGCCAUCGAUUGUGCUGACCAAUUACACACAACUUUCUAGAAUUCUAGGAAGGAUUGGCGAAGAGAUUUAUCGCAAGAAACCUAGAUCAGGCUCGAAUCUGAUAAUGUCUGUACAAAACAUCAUGAAUGAUUUGUCGAGUUGGCUUCGACAAGCCCCCGAUCGUCUCCGAAUCGAUUUCAGCACCCUUGAUACUCACGUAAAUCGUGAGACAGUUUCUAUUAACCUUCACUUUUAUUCUUGUGUGAAUAUGACGGCACGGCCAUUAGUAUUUUACGUUAUUCAACGACGAAUAGAGGCAGGGCUUCAUGGUGGCACGGAGGACUGGAAAGAAGGCCUGGCCUCUAAUACAGUUGCUGUGAUCGAUAGUUGCAUUACAGCUGCCCGGGCCACGACUCUGAUCAUGGACGCAGCUGCGAAACAUAACCAGAUAGCUACGUAUGGCUAUCUUGACGGUGAAUACAUUUUCUCCGCCGCCCUACUACUUGUCAUGGUGAAUGCCGCCUUCCCACACAACGAAACAAAUGCCCGUGCAAUGGAGACAGCCCUCAGCUUACUUCGAAGCAUGGCCGAUCGAGGUAAUACAUACUUAUCUUCCCGCCAUUCAUUGCUUUUGGAAUUACGAGCUGCCAUUGGACCUGCUGCUUCUAUGAGCGAUGAUGAGGUUCACUCUUCAAAUGACCUGAUCACGCCCACUAGUACUCAUGAAAUGGCUCCAGAAUCGCAUGAAAGUGGAGUAGCUGCACCCAUUCGGGCCAUUCCUGCGGAUAUUUGGCAGGAUCCACCUGAUCUUCCUUCUCUCCAGGAAAUUUCGUUCCAGUUUGAUCCCAAUGAUGACUCGGCACUUUGGGAGGGGGCAUUGAAUCAGAUUGAUAUUGAUAUGGAUACCGAUUGGAUCGAAAGUGCGCUUAGAAGAUAA